AUGGCCAGCGAAGCCAAUCCGCGCCAGGGACGGCCUUCUAUGACCUCGGCGAUGAGGAGCAGCUCUUUCAUCAAGGAACACCAGCAAUAUCGGCCGCCAAGCAAGCCCGAAAACCACUAUGGUAUCGACACGGUUGUCGAGGACCUCCAGGCCAGCAAGAUUUCCUCGCCUCGCCAGAUCUCCCCUUUCAACGGCGUUCCGUCGGCCGAGAACCCACCUACCAUUGUCGAGAGCGGCGUGAGCCACGAGCUCUCGCACCCGAAUUGCACGUCGGCGCCGGGAACCAAAUAUGACAAGCUUGUUGCCACGCUCUUCUACAAGUCCACCUCGCCCCGAGUCUCCAACACGGUCCAUUCACCGGUGAGGGUGCCGUCUCCCACGAGGGGCCAGUCUCCGAAGCCGCAUCCGUCCGACUCCGAGUUCCCUCCGAACAUGUCUCCGAGCAGCAGCAUCGACACUUUCCCCCUAGAGCCUCCCGCCAGCGAGCCUGAGCCGCUCGACCACUUGUAUGGUUCCCACAUCUCCCCCAUGUGCAUCACAUCUUUUUUGCACCUCAUGUCAACCUUCCCCCUCCCCCCUGGAACGGCCGACCUGAAUUCGGCACAUCGGUGCCUCAAGCUUGAUGCUACCCACGACUACCACCCCACCGUAGUCGAGCUCACCAUGUCUCCGGCUCCGUCCCUCGACUAUCUGUCCCUUGAAGACCUGCGCAAACACGAGUUGAUCUACCGAUUCGAGCGCGAAUGGAACACUGACGUGGUGCUUCGGAGCGAUACACUCUGGCGGCGCUACCCGAGGCUAGUGGUCUUCGAUAUGGAUAGCACUCUGAUCACCCAGGAGGUCAUCGAUCUCCUCGCUGCCACGAUCCAGGAUCCCCCCGAUCUCGGUGCACGCGUGGCCGACAUAACCCAUCGUGCUAUGCUCGGCGAGUUGGAGUUUGACGGCGCCUUUCGUGAGCGAGUCAAGCUGCUCAAGGGGCUCCCAGCCAGCAUCUUCACCGAGCUCCGACCUGUCCUGGAUGUCACCAAUGGAGUGGUGCCCCUAUUGCGUGCCUUGAAGAAACUUGGCGUCAAGACGGCAGUGCUGUCCGGAGGCUUUUUGCCCCUAACAAGCUGGCUCUCCGGUGAGCUAGGACUCGACUACUCGCAUGCAAACGAGGUAGUUAUUGACGAAACGACUGGGCGCCUGACUGGCGAGGUGAAAGGACGUAUUGUCGGCAAGGAGCGCAAACGCGAGCUCCUCAUUGAGAUUGCCGAAAAGGAGGGCAUUGCCCUCGAACAGGUAGUUGCUGUUGGCGACGGCGCGAACGACCUGCUCAUGAUGGACGCUGCCGGACUAGGUGUUGCUUGGAACGCCAAGCCAAGAGUACAAAUGGAAGCCGGAGCUAGGCUCAACGGCGACAGCUUACUGGAUCUCCUCUACCUGUUUGGAUUCUCGGAUGAAGAUAUACAGACGCUGAUAGCUUAA